AUGCUCUUCAUUGGGGUGAGCUUAUGCUCAGACGCAGCCUUAAAAACCACCGGAUUUACCAAUCGGUAUCAGGCCAAGGGCCUAUUCUAUCAACGCGCGAAAGAAAUAUACGAUGUCGAUUGGGAAACUGACAUGUUAAUCAAGAUCCAAUCUUUGUUCCUAUUGAGCUUCUGGCGUGGAGGGCCAACAGAGGAGCGAGAUGUUCGUUUCUGGCUCGGCGCGGCCACCAGCAUCGCACAAAAGAAAGGAAUCCAUGUCCUGUCAAAACUAUCUUUUCUCAAUGCCCGUGACCAUCAAUUAUGGAAAAGGAUUUGGUGGGCCUUAUACGUACGCGACCAACAGACCUCUGCUGCGUUAGGGUUACCAUCUCGAAUACGCGAUGAAGACUGUGAAGUUGCCGAACUGGAGGAAUCGGAUUUUGAAGCAGAAUAUGACGACGAUAUGUCUUCUGACGUGUUCCUAAAACCACCAACUGCACAUGUUUCAUAUGUGAUCGGAAUGACGCAACUUGCAAAACUCUUGCGGCAGGUGGUAUCUAGCCAGUAUUCGCCAAGUCGUGCCAAAUUAGACAAUCCAUCUCGUCCCAUGCUUCACCAGCGAUUGGCAGAUUGGGAAUCUCAACUGCCUGAACAGAUGCAAUUUUCACCUUCAGCCAAGCGAGAGGUAAUCUUCUUGGUGGGCAUGCUUCACAUGGCCUAUAACAACCUUCAUAUCUUAUUAUAUCGUCCAAUAUUCCUGCAACCGCCCAGUGAAUCAACAACCGUCGAAGGGAAUAUGGCACUGGAAGCAGCAACCAGGAGCACGCGUAUUUUGGAAGACAUGCUCUCACAAAAUCUGGUUCAGCAUGGAUCAGUUCACCUCAUUACACAUACUUUCUCCGCGCUAUGUAUUCACACAAUUCAUUUCGGGCGGGUGAAUAGUACAGCUCGAAAACUUGCUGAACACCGGGCAAAAUUAUGUCUCCUCGGGCUAAAAGAGCUACAAAAAGCAUGGGAUCUUGAGAAUUGGGUGUUGGACCUUUUCUUCCGCUGUCUUGAUGAUAGAACUGCUCGAGACCUCCGCUUAGCUGAUACAGGGACUUCAUCUACAGCAGUGUCCAGUCAAUCGACAAAGGGACUUUCAGUACUGACAUCUCCUACUAUGAAUCCAAUUGAUGGCACAUUAGCCAGCCCUUUGUCUUCGAAUGCGAAUGAUCUUCUACCUGCAAUCACGCCAACAGGUACUUCAAUGCCGCCACCCGAUGACGCAUCGGUGAAUAUGGACUGGUAUGAACUGUUCAACGUGGAGGGGGAUGAUUUCACAGGCCUGGCGGGCUCAUUGACGAACCCGGAAUAUUUGAACCCGCAGAAUUUGGAAUUUUUGUAUCGAUUUUUGUGA